GUUUUCAAGAAAUCCAACAAAGAUGGGCGUGAGCUCGUUCUCGUCUCCCGUGGCUAUGGACACACACUGCGAAGGGGCGGGGCUUUACAAACAAAAACAGCCAAGAAUCCAGCGCCAACAUGGACGCCGCGCUCGCUCGCUCACCUCAUGUAAAAGAUCACGAGUCGAGCCUAAAUGGCCACCGAAGCUGCUCAGUUGCAACGCUCGAGUGGGAGGGACCAAUGGCAGACUGGAGUCACAUGACCCGCGCAGAGCCAGGCUGAGCAGUUCCAAUAUGGUGGCCAGCUUGGCAGGUCUACGGUUCCUGUUGAUGGUAUUGUUGUUCUGCGGGAUCAGAUUCGGCGCCUGCAGCCAGGAAGCUCCGCAGGUCGUGGGGCUGCGACUGGAAGACCCCGGGGGUCUGGUGCGCAUGAAGGACCGAAUCAUCUCGGCGCCAGAAGGAGCCACGUUCCAGCUCCGUCUCUUUGGGGCUAAUCUGAAUGGAAGCUGGCCGUGGCCGUGGCUCGCGUUCGCUGAGGCGGCUGGGGGAGCCGCAGGGUCGGUCGGUGAUGCCCUCGACCCGUGCGAAGAGGAGUCCAGUCGGCAGGAAUCCGCCUUUAAUGCAACGGAACCGUUCAAAACGGACGAGCCGAACAGCGGGCUGCUGACGGUGGAGGUGAAGAAGCGUGGGAGCAUCUCCGCGGAUUUCUACCACCUGUGUGUGCAGAGAGGGGGGAUGUGGGCAUCAGUGGGCCCGGACAGACUGCAAGUUUGUCCGGGAGAACCUACAGCCCCCCCACGGCUUAAUGUGACCAAGACGGCAGUUCCCCCGUGGGGUCUGGCUCUCCUGGUGGUGCUGAUGCUGCUGAUCUGCGGGCUGCUGAGGACCGUAAACUUGAGCCUGUUGUGGCUCGACCCCGUGGAGCUCUAUGUUCUCCACAGCUGCGGAUCCGAGGAGGAGAAGCGAGCCGCCAAGCGCCUGGAGCCUAUCAGGAGGAGGGGGAACUUCUUGACAUGCUCGCUGCUCUUCCUCUGCGUCUUGGGCCACUCGGUCAUCGGGGUGCUCCUGUACCGGGCGCUGGGCUCCAUAGUCUCGGCGGUGUUCACCAGCGGCUUUCUGAUCUUCUUUCUGGCUGAGCUGGUUCCUCACGUCCUGUGCUCCGGCUACGGCUUCCAGCUGGCACCCGGGCUGACCUGGCUGGCCCAGGUCUGCAUGGUGCUCACCUGUCCCCUGUCCUGUCCGCUGGGGUUGAUUCUGGACCUGGGCCUGGGGAGAGACAUCAGCACCUGUGGGAUACGGGAGAGAGCCAUGGAGAUGAUUCGCGCCAGUGUCAAUGACCCUUACAGCGAGUUUGUGAAAGAGGAGUUCAGCCGUGGGAUGCUGCGCACCAAGACGGUGGAGGACAUCCUGACUCCCCUGAAGGACUGCUUCAUGCUGCCCAGCUCGGCCGUCCUGGACUUCUCCACCAUGUCGGAGAUCAUGCAGAGCGGAUACACCAGGGUGCCUAUUUACGAGGAGGAGAGGUCCAACAUCGUGGAGAUCCUUUACGUGAAGGAUUUGGCGCUGGUGGACCCGGAGGACUGCACGCCCAUGACCACCAUCACCAAGUUCUACAACCACCCGCUGCACUUCGUCUUCAACGACACCAAGCUGGACGCCAUGCUGGAGGAGUUCAAGAAAGGCAACUCUCACAUGGCCAUCGUCCAGAAGGUGAACAACGAGGGCGAGGGCGACCCGUUCUACGAGGUUCUGGGUCUGGUCACCCUGGAGGACGUCAUCGAGGAGGUCAUCAAGUCUGAGAUCCUGGACGAGUCCGACGGCUACUUGGACAGGAAGGUGAAGCGUCCGAUGACUCCUCUGGAGAUCCCUCUGGAGCCUCGCGGCUCCCACGAGGAGUUCUCCCUUUUCAAGCCUCCAGAGGGAGAGCCCAAGAUCCGCACAUCACCACAGCUCCUGCUGGCCACGCACCGCUUCCUGUCCAGAGAAGUGGAGCACUUCAGCCCAGCUCGUGUGUCUGAGAAGGUGCUGUUCCACCUGCUCCGCCAUCCCAGCGUCAACCAGGAGGUCCACUUCGAUCACAACAACCGGCUGAGCCCGAGCCACUACCUGUACACCCGCAACCACCCAGUGGACUACUUCAUCCUCCUGCUGCAGGGCCGUGUGGAGGUGGAAAUCGGCAAAGAGGGCCUGAAGUUUGAGAACGGGGCCUUCACUUACUAUGGAGUGUCUGCUCUGACGCUGCCCUCUUCAGUUCACCAGUCUCCGGUGUUGACCCAGCGGCACUCUCCCAGAGAUCCCUUCGAGUCAGCAGACGCCACCAGCCCGUCCAACUACUGUCCCGACUACACAGUGCGAGCCCUCACUGACCUGCAGCUCAUACGGGUGACCCGUCUGCAGUACCUGAACGCCCUGAUGGCGUCGCGGGCGGGUCAGAGUCCAGACCCUCCAGAGAUCAAGAUCCUGCCCAACAGUCAGACCAAGCUGCUCAACGACAGAAACGCCACACCAGAGUUUCCUGUAAACUUUUCAUUCUUUGAUACCAUUGAGAACUUCUGUUAGAGGGCUUUGUAUGCAUGAGGUAAAUCCAACCUUUAGCCCCAGUCAGUAACUUACUCACAGACACCAAUCCUGUCCUGCUGCAGGCUGACACAUUUACCCCCUCAUGUCACCCAUAAGCCCCUCUGAGCAUUGUGUCUGUACUCUAAUCAUGUGGACCUUUGUGGAGGCAGGAAGGUAAAUGUGUCUUUACUUUUCUACUCCUUGUUCUUUGCUCUGUCUUUAAAUCGCUUUCCCCUUUCCUGUCCUACUGCAGCUGCAGCAGAUGCUCUUCAUUCUGUUCAGCCUCUGUUUCCCCAAAACAAAGAUACAGUAAUGUAUGAUUUAAUUAGGCUACAGAUGGUGAUGAGCCACGUCUUUCUGGCGUCCAUAUUGGAGGUUCAACGUGUUUUAAGAAAACUUCUUAAACUUGUAGAAAAAAGUUCAAGCUUUCUUUCUGUAUGAGGUAAAUCCUUGUCAAAGUGCCUCAAAUUCAGUUCCAUGUAGAUUAUGAUUGUUAUGUAAAGAAUAUGGCUGCUCAAUCAUGAGGUGUCAUUGUUAUUGGGAGAUGAGGAGAAAUACUUUUAUCUAAAUAUCAUACUGGCUCUAAAUUAUUGAAUUACAAUUACUUUAGCAAUCUGAGCAGAAAGAAACUCCUUCAGUGCUUUGAAAACUCCAGCCUAGUUAAAAACUAUUUCAUCAGAAAAGAAAUGAAGCUGUUGACCUCCAAUAUGUCCGCCCGGGGGAGCCGAGCCGUCGCCUUAGAAACAGUAGACAUCAAACAGAGUAGAUGGCUCCAUCUUCGUCUUCUGUCGCUCUGGUCGUCCCUCCCCUGUAUGUGUGAGUGCUGCCAUCCCUGUUCUGACCUCAAGCCUCACCCCAGCUCUCCUCUGAUUGGUCGGGUUCCACAGGUAGCAGCAGAGCCCAGGAGAGCUCCACAGAAGACGAGGCUCAUGGGUAGCACAGGAAACAUUUCUGGUUGGAUCGUAGUUAUUGGACCAGACUGGAGAGAGAGAGAGAAAGAGAUUUUUUUUUUGUUUUAUUUAACUAGACCCACUAACUCACACGUCGCCAUUCCUUCAUGUGAUCUUUACUGAUUAUUUUAUAUAUGUAUGUACAUAUGUCUGUAUAAAUAUAAAUAUAGAGUGGAAAGAGAAGAUAUGUUACAUUAAUGGAAUUAUUUAGUUUUCUGCGUUAAUUGGUCCUCAAUGUGAUCUGAGCGUUUCCUGCUGCACACCAGAGACUGAACCCUUUGAUUGGAUAAAGUUCCAGAAAACGGCUUCUUCUGCUUCCUCAAGACGAUUCAAUGACCCUGCGCGUUCCCAUGGAAACCUGAACUGGGGAGUGCCAUCACAUUCACAUCGAAAAUGCAUUCGAAUAAGAGGAAACCAAGUCAGAAUGUCCGAGUUAGAGCCGUCGUAUGUCGGGAUUUCUUUGGAAUUAUGAAAAUAAUUGUUUCUGUCAUUGUAAAAUGUGGAAAAGUA